GUGAGUCUAAUCUACUGUAGUAGUGUAGUUACAAUAGCCCAAUUCGUAAUGGAGGAGAAAACCCACCCGUCAGUUGUGUUGGAAAUGGUUGUGGUCGGUGACCCUCAAUCGCUUGAGAAGAAAAAAGCUGCAAUCCUUAAGGCCGGUCCCGGAAAUCUCCAGGUAAUUGCGGAUUUUGAUGCCACACUAACGAAAUACUGGGUCAAUGGAUGUCCAGGUCAUACUAGUCAUGGCCUGUUGCAAUUGGGUAAUCCGGAAUGCGAGAACAAGAUGCAGAAAUUAUGUGAAUAUUAUUAUCCCAUAAAGCACUCCCUGACGAUUCCAUUUGAAGAGAAAGCAAAGCAUAUGGAAGGAUGGCAGGAAAAAGGUCAUGCACUUCUUAUUGAGGCUGGCCUUACCUUGGAUGCCAUAAAGAGGUCUGUGGCUGAUGCAAAAAUUGAAUUUAGGGAUGGGGUAGUUGAACUGUUAAAGCUUUUGGAGGAAAGAGGCGUGCCUGUUCUUAUAUUAUCUGCAGGGCUUGCAGACGUCAUAGAGGAGGUCUUGAGGCAGAAACUUCCUAGAUUUCCUAAGAAUGUCAAGAUUGUGUCAAACCAGAUGGUAUUCAGCAAUGAUGGUUGUCUUGUAUCUUUUAAAGGGAAGACAAUUCAUGUCCUGAACAAGAAUGAGCAUGCUCUGGAUAUGGCCUCAUCUGUACGUGAUCAGUUUGGUGAAACGAAGGGGCAAAGUGAUGAUAAUGUUUCUGUUAAGAGAAGAACAAAUGCACUGCUUCUUGGUGAUCACAUUGGAGACCUGGGCAUGUCUUAUGGAUUGAACUAUGAGUAUCAAAUUGCUGUGGGAUUCCUGAAUGAUGACGUUGAGAAGUUUCUUGAAACCUACCAAAAUGCAUUUGAUAUUGUGUGUGUGAAUGAUGCACCCAUGUGGGGAGUAGUAGAGCUGGUCUCACAAAUCUGUCCAUCCAGAGGUCACUAGACUUCUCUCUGCACAUUUUGUCAUUCUUUCAAAGAUGGGCUAUUUAUAUAUGUAUAUGUAUAAUAUAUUGGCAUCAUUUUUCCCCUGUAUCUUUCUUGCCUUGGAUAAUUCGAGCACCCAGCUGCUGCAGAUUUAUAAACCGAAACAUCCAAAGCUUGACUGCUGAACAAUUUAGGCUGAUUGAGUUUGUUG